AAAAUUUAUGUGAAGUACUCAAGCAUACUACCGUACGAUUUAAUUAAGGGGACGGUUAAGAUGCAUCAAUGAAACUUAUAUCAUUCGUCUCUCUCUCCCCUUUUCAAGUACUAUAAUAACAUUCGAAGCUACCCUUCUCUUACAAAAAAAUAAACUAAAUCUCAAGUUUGAUCAAGAAAAUCAAGAAAGAUGCCUAAAGAUAGGAAGAUCGGAAUCGCGAUGGAUUUCUCGGAGAGCAGCAAGCACGCACUGAAAUGGGCAUUCGAGAACUUAGCUGAUAAAGGAGACACACUUUACAUCAUCCACACGUUACCAGUUGACUCUCAUAACUCUGCCUGGCUCGAAUCCGGUUCUCCUCUCAUACCGUUGGUGGAGUUUAGGGAACCGGAGAUCAUGGAGAAAUAUGGUGUCAAGAUUGAUAUCCCAGUUCUUGACAUGCUUGACACUGGUUCAAGGCAAAAAGAGGUGCAUGUAGUGACGAAAUUAUAUUGGGGGGAUGCAAGAGAGGCGCUUGUUGAUGCUGUUGAAGAUCUCAAACUUGAUUCUAUUGUCAUGGGAAGCAGAGGACUCAGUGCCCUUCGAAGGAUAAUAAUGGGAAGCGUGAGCAGCUUCGUGAUUCAGCACGCUCCUUGCCCUGUCACCGUUGUCAAGGAUAACGAUUCUCACUAAAAUAAAGCCUGUCUUUAUCUCAUAAUCUUUUACCAAAACAAUCAUCGAUGCUUAUGCUUUUAAUUAAAGAAUAAAAGAACCUUUUUCUCGUUGUAUUUCAAUUUCAUAGCAAUACAUUAUGGCAUCGCGUAUUUGUUCACACCUAUAGUUAUUUCUUUUCUUGCAAAAUUCUUUCAAUUAUUUCGGUUUGUUUUUACUGGAAUCGCUCAAUACGAUUUACGGAUCAACAUGAGGGUGGG